AUGACCAUUAACACUCUCUCCGAUCUAGUUUUUGGGACGGAGAAUGCUGAGUCGUCCGCGCACGCGGUCUUCGCGGCUGCUCGGAACGGUAUGACACUGACACGACAACAUCUCCAACAGGCCAGCCAGCAGGUGGCCGACUUAAUCCUUUCGAAGAGUAACGCCAAUGGCAGCGAAGUCGGUAUAAACGGGCAGCCGGUGAUUGCCAUGGCCCUUCCCAACGGCGUUGGCUUUGUUGUCACUUUCCUGGGAUUAGUAAGCCGCGGUGCCAUCGCAGCUCCGUUGAACCCAGCAUAUACCGUCCCGGAAUACGAGUUCUACCUGAGUGACUCAAAAGCGAGUGUGCUGGUUGUCGAAGCAGCUUUUGCGGGUGAAGCACAUCCUGGGAUCGUGGCCGCUCGCAAACUUUGUAUUCCAGUCUGCUCGAUCCAUAUAGAACAAGAUGAGCUAGCAGCCCUCCAGUUGGAUGUGGAAGUGCUUUAUCGUCAAGAGCGAUCGGAGGAAUCAGACAAAGAUAGAGUCAAAUCGAGCGGCGCGAUGCCUCUCCUCGCUUCUCCCAAUCCCGAUUCGAUCGCCCUCGUCUUGCACACAUCAGGGACGACAGGCAAGCCCAAAGCUGUUCCUUUGUCCCACGCCAACCUCUGCCACAGCGCGCGGAACGUGGCGCAGUCAUACAAUCUUGACCCGAGCGAUCGGAGCUACCUCAUCCAAGUUCUUUUCCACAUCCAUGGCAUUGUCGCCGGACUGCUCGCCCCUCUGGCAUCUGGCGGCAGUGUCGUGGUCCCAAGCAGAUUUGAUGCCAAUACGGCAUGGCAGGAUUUCGUCGCAUCAGGCUGCUCCUGGCUCUCGGGUACCCCUUCGGCGCUGCAGAUCCUCCUCCACGCGCCACACGCCGGCCCUGGCUUGCAUAUCAAGUUCCUACGCAGUUGUUCUGCGCCAUUGCUCCCUUCGACCUUCAAAGAGCUGCAGAGGGUCUUCGACUGCCCAGUUCUGGAGGCGUAUGCCAUGACCGAAAAUGCUCAUCAAAUUACUACCAACAUGUCGAGUCAAGCCAAACCAGGGUACGUCGGCAAACCAUUAGGCGCGGUGUCCCUCUGCAUUUUCAACGAUGAUACUGCCGCUGGUCCGCUUGCGAAAGAUGUUGAGGGCGAGGUCUGCAUCACUGGGCCCUCAGUUACGAGGGGCUAUCUCGAAAAUCCUGAAGCCAACGCCAAGGCCUUCUUCACAGACUCGGGCGGGACACGCUGGUUCCGUACGGGCGACCUUGGCAUUCAAGACAGUCAAGCCGGGGGCCAUCUUCGCAUCGUGGGACGGAAGUCCGAGAUCAUCAACCGCGGAGGCGAGAAAAUAUCACCACCAGAGGUUGACGAGGCCAUGAUUCUCUGUGCUGCGCCGCAUGUUCGCGAGGCGGCUUGCUUCGCGGUUCCUGACGCGUUCUUUGGCCAAGAGGUGGAGGCCGCCGUGGCCCUGGCGAAAGAUGCCCCUAAAGAGCUACACGACGAGACGACGAUCCAACGGCUUCUCGGAGAACGGCUUGUCCUCUUCAAGGUCCCCAAACGCAUUCAUUUUUUCGAGGACCAAAUUCCGAAAGGCCCCACAGGCAAGAUACAGCGUGCUCAACUGUCCAAGACGCUCUCAAAGCAGGAUGGCAAAGCCAAACUAGAAGUCGACAGCUUGGAUCCCGUGGAUCUUCACGCCCGUAUAAUCAAAGUGAUGGCAGGGGCUCUGCGCGUCGAUGGCGACAGCCUUCAGCCUGAAGUCACGCUCUUGGAAUUGGGCGCUGACUCGAUGAACUUGACGAGGCUCACAAGCGACAUGCGUCAUAUAAGGUGCAAUAUUGCUAUGUCAGAUCUCAUGCUCAAUCCCACCGUUCAGCAGGUCAUUGACAUAUGUAUGAAGUCGUAUUGCGCUUUGAGAGGAAAGGACAAGACAAACACCCUUGACUCAGACUUAGCCGAAGACAGAGAGCCGCCCGCUCCUUUCUCUGUUCUCAGCGAGUUCAUCGAAGGCAUGGAAGGUGCACCAUCCCUUGACUCCAUCUUAGCCAGCGUGACAAAACAAACAGGGCUGCAAGUCGAUCAGCUAGAGGAUGUCCUCCCCCUGUCUCCUGAGGCGAAGUGGUUCCAGAGCGGGACUUUGACGACGAAAUGGGGCCUUCAGGACACAGCAACUUCAUUCGUCACAAUAGGGGCUCCGAUACAAGACUCUGUUGAUAUUGAAAAGUUGAAAUCGGCAUUUACGGAGGCGGCCAAGGUAGAACCGAAGUAUCUACUCGUUAGCUACCCUAACGAGCAGGGAAACACAUGUCGAGAACUAUUCUUUGCUGAUAGCCACGUCGUGACCGAUAACACCUCCCGCUCCAGGCUCCGAGACAACGUCGUGAAGCUAUACCUAGGGCAAGCGACAGUAGACAACCUGCCACAAAAGCCCCUGCCAACCGGAAUACUCGUGCAAGAUCUUCUCCAGAGAGCAAAAAUCAAUCACCCCAGCAAGGCUAAAUUCUGGAGGGAUGACGAGAUAAGCCACGGCGCCGCGGAACGACCACCUUACAUUCCCCCACUGGAAGCAGGUGUCGGCGGCAGGGUGUCUCGGUGGUCUGUAGACAAUGCCUUCCACCAAUCCAUCUGGACAGGUGAUCUCAAAGGUCUGACCGUCGCAAUGGGAAUGACCGCGCCAACGGUCGUCCAAACUAUCAUGCCUUUAGCAUUGGCGGUCUACGAGUACCAAGGGACCCGCACGCUGCCCAAGUCCGUCUGCUUCGGGUACAGCUCCUCGUCUCGCAAUACCCGCAUCCCCAACAUCGACCAAUCGCGAGCCUUUGCCAUGUUCUUCCCGCCGUUCCGCUUCACUCUCGCGCUCGCGCAGCACUCGCUGUGGCUGCACUGCCAUCAGGCUGCGCUUAAGCAGGCGGACCUCGACGCACAUCGGCUGCUGGUGGAGGCAGCCGAUACGGCGCGGGAUAUCCACGUACAAUACAACUGGCGCGAGCUGCCUGUGGGAAGCCUGUGGGCGCAGACCAUCGAGGCUGGGCCCGAGCAGUUCCUGGCGGACUUCCCGUGCCACACGACCGUGAAUUGCAUGCGGAUGGGUAUUGAUUCUAUUUUCAUGCUGGAUGGUGAAGAGGAGAGGUACAUCAGGUGGAGGGAAGAGAAUGGGUUCCCGGUGAGCUUCAUGGAGGUGCUGCAGCGAUGUUUAACUUUCAUGUGUAACAGGAAGGAUGAGCUUGUCGGUCUGACUCUGCAUGAUCUUGUGGAGACGGUAUGGGCUUCUUCUGACACUUGUGCUACUGGGCAUGCGGCAAGUACGAUGUGA